GGACUUUUGGCCUCCAUGCUCAUUCCUCCUUUUCAUCUAUAGUUCUUUCCUAUCUAGAAAAUUGAGUUGUUUCCUCUUACUAUCUUCAAAGUCUGAAGCAUGAUCGUUACGUCAUUGUCCCCUGCCCGAAUUGGUUGCUCGAUAAUUUCGAAUUUUCGUGCCAUGAAGCAGGCCACAAGAAGCAGGAAUUCUAUGAAGGAAUUCCUACAAACCCGCGAUAGCGAUACCUUGGGUACUUGGUCUUGGAUGAAUGAGGGUACACCUGCUCCGGAUCUUGCGCAAAGUAGCAAGCUGAUAGUGUCGUAGAUCUGUUACCCACGCCGAGCGAAAAACGCACAUGGAAAACAUUGAACUAUAUGUUUUUCUACAGCAGUCUUGCCAUGGAUAAUUGGACAUUUGGCUCAGCAUUGAUCGGUUUUGGCAUGAUUUGGUGGCAAGCCAUCAUCGGAAUCUUCAUUGCUCGAUUCAUUGGGGCCGCUGCUUCAGCUCUCAACUCAAGAUGCGCUGAGGUAUACCAUAUUGGAUUUCCAGGUGUUGCAUGCUCUGUGUUUGGAAUUUACGGAAGCUUUUAUGCUGUCGGUGCAAGGGCUGUACUGGCUGCGAUAUAUUACUCUUUGAAGAGUAAGUAGAAAGUGUCGGAUUCAAUUGUAGACGAACGCUAAAAUGCCAUCGCAGUGUAUGCUGCAUCUUUGUUUGUCGUUAAUAUGCUUCACGCUAUUUUUGGAAAGGCUUUCACAUCCAUUCCAAAUAGCCUUCCCCAAUCCUUCGGGUUUACAACACAGCAAAAGCUUGCUUUUUUUCUGUACUGGCUAUGCCACAUUCCAUUCGUAUUUUUGCGAUCCAACCAGGUGAAGUGGCUUUUUACGUUGAAGAUGUGUACGAUGGUACCAGCCAUGGUCGGUUUGUUCACAUUCUGCAUGGUCGAUACUGGUGGUAGGGUUGGAGCAAAUAGACUGGCUUCUGGAUUACCUUUCGACAGCACUGCGUGGCUCUUCAUGUACGCCAUCAAGUCGUGUCUCGGUGUCCAUUCAACACUCAUCACCAACCAGCCUGGUUAUUCACAUUGGGCGAAAACCUGUUGGUCCUCAGUCUGGACUGAAUUAGUAUUUUGGCCGCUAUCAGUCACAAUAUCUGCGGCUUUUGGCAUUAUAUCAACUGCCGCUAUCAAUAACGCGUGGGGACUAAAGCUAUGGAAUCAAUGGGAUCUUCUCACUGCUAUUCUCGAUCGUUAUUCAAGCUCCGGGGCACGCUUUGUAGUCUUCUUAUGCGCAUUGUUCUGGGCGGUGCUGGUGUUAGGAACAAACAUUGCAGCAAAUAUGAUUCCAUUGGGAAGCGACCUUGCAAUGUUGCUCCCUCGUUACAUGAACAUGCGACGUGGUCGGAUUCUUGGCUUGUUUCUGGCUCGGUCAAUGUGUCCCUGGAAUAUCUAUGCUUCGGCUACUACUUUUACCAGAUUUCUCAGUGGAUAUGGAAUCUUUAUGGGAGGCUUGACGGGUGUUAUGAUUGCGGACUAUGGACUUACUAGAGGGAAUCUGUUCAUUGAGCACUUGUAUGAUGGGAAGAGAAGCAAUCCAAGAUAUCAUUAUACGCGGGGAUGGAAUAUACAAGCGUACAUCGCAUAUAUUGCUGGCUGGGGUAUUGGCUUUCCAGGAUUUUGUGGUAAUCUUGGAGCCAAUGUUUCCCCGAUUGCAAAGAAACUGGGCUACCUCAGUUGGCUUUUGUUGUUUAAUGUCUCCAUUGUCGUUUAUAUCGCGUUGUGCACGGUCUUUCCAACGCAGAGUCAGUACUCUGUCCGACAGCUUGAUUUGCGACGAGAAGAGAUGGCGGUUGGUAUAGAUGAUAUUGAAUUCCUCGGCCUGAAAGCUUUGGUGGAAGUUCAAGAACUGCGUUAG